UUUGAAAGUUUUUUGUGAUUACUAAUGAAUAGCCUUUUUUUAGUGGCGGUUUUCAAUGCUGGUCAGGUGGGGAUGCUGGUAAAAAACUGUCAAUACUAUUUAGGAAGAGACAUUUAGAAAAGAAAGUGUUUUACGAGUGUUUUAAGAAGAAAUUAAAUAAAAAUUAAUCUUUGCUGAGGACGGCAACCUUGUUGAGAAACUUUUUUUUGAUACUAUGAGAUUGAACAUAUGUGGGCGGAACUUGAAAUUCGGUAAUGAUCUUCUGUCUUAUAGUCUCAAAAGACAAAUGCCCUCCUGGUCUUUUCUAUGAAUUUGCUGUAUGCCGCCAUGAAAGUUGCUGAUUUUGAAAACACAAAGCACCGCGAAACAUUUUUUCGUCUGUUGACAAACUUUCCAUCAUCGUCUUUAGACAACUCUUUGACCGUUGGUAGCAUAACGAUAACAUUGCGUCCAACAAUAACAACAUGUGAAUGGAUGAGUUUUGUGUACGAUGAAGUCAUCCAGCGGCCCAGAAACCUUCAUCAACCAACAAAACUUGUUCACGACCGUACCAAAAGCGUGGUGAUGUAAUCACACUAUACUCUAGCUGCUGUCUAUAUUCCAAUGAUAGUGCCAGCUACUUGCUUCCACUAAGUCGUUGUGUUUACUAGUGUCUAUCGAUCUGUCGGUGUUUUGUAAUUACACCACCUAAAACGAUCAAGAAAUGGGAAAAAUAGUAAGCAAAAUCAAAGAACCAUUGCGCCAAGCCACAGGAAGUGUUGCGGAAAUUAUAACAGGGAGAAAACGCAAACGCGAAGAAGAGGAAGAACUUAAUGAUGAAUCUAGUGCCUUAGAAAAAUCAUUACACGUUCCUAAGAAGAAAAAACUUCUGACAACCACCCAAUAUAUAUUCCAAGCACUUUUCAAAGAACAGAAAAACUCCGAUGUAGCCGUUAUGGCGUUAGGUAAAGUAUGGCACCUGCACAAGGUUUAUUUGUGCCAAAGUCCAUACUUUGCAAGCAUGUUCAACGGCUCGUGGCGGGAGGCUUGUGAGAAUUUUGUCAACAUUAAAAUCUUGGAUCCAAAAAUCACAUUAGAGUCUUUAGAAACUGUUUUCGGGUGUCUAUAUUUGGAUGAAAUCGUCAUAGAACCAGUUGGCGUUGUGUCCGUUUUAGCGACAGCAACCCUUUUCCAACUAGACGGAAUCAUUGAGCGAUGCACGGAAGUUAUGACCGAAACAACGAAUGCUGAGACAGCAGUGGCAUAUUACGAAGCAGCCUGCCAGUACGGAGUCCAAAAUGUGAAGAAAACUGCAUUUAAUUGGCUUUUAGCAAAUCUAGUCGGCUACUAUAUAAAGCGUACUAAAUACCUAAAGCAAAUCAGUGAAGAACUGAUGGCGGAUCUCGUCGCUAGUCAUGAUUUAUAUGUGAUGCAAACAGAGUUCACUCUGUACACUCUACUCCGUACCUGGCUUUUCCUCAAAUUCUUCCCAAAUUAUGACCCCAGUGAAAAACAAACGGGAGAGAAUGAAGUCACUCCACAAACGUACUUCGCUGGUCGAAAAAAUAAGACUGCAUUCCUCAAUACACUGGACGGAAAACAAUAUGAGGCUCCAUUUCGGGUACUGCGAAUUCAACACUUACUUAAUCACCAUAUAGACUUGAAACUGGUGCUGGAAGAUAAUAUUAUCCCUAAGGAAUGGUUACAUAACUACCUCCUAAGCCAUUGGAACGCUAUUCUAAAAGUCGACCAUACAAUGGAAAAUGGUCCGGGUGAAGUCGACAAGCAAAUAUUCUACCAAAAUUGCAUGCGUUGCGGCCGGUUGUUGCAGGAACAAGGGUAUCAAAAAUGGCGCUGGACUGGAUUCAACUUCGGCCUGGACUUGGUGCUAAUUACUCACAAUCGUGUUUUAAGUAUUAAGCGGCAUCAUCGAAUAGAAAACGAGCGUCUACUGAGCCUGCAGACAAAACGACAGUUCCUCAUAAGAGCGACGUUAGCCUCCCUAAACGAUCAGCGUCAGGUCACGCAUUCCCAAACGACGGAUAUCAAAUCACUUUGCCUCGACAAAAACGAGGAAGUCAGCUUAAUGCUCAUGGACAAAGAGCUAACAUAUCCCUUGCUUGUAUCCGUGAAUCUAUUAGUCGUAUCACCUGACAAUAUCACGAUAGAAGACUUUGAGUCCGCGAGCACAAAAACCAGCACAACACCGAUAUCAGAGAUUGGCGCAAACGUCGACAGUUCACGGACACCAACGAAAAAUGUCGGGUCUUCGUCGCGGUCCUCAUCAAACCUCCCAUUAUAGUUAUAAUUACAAAUAACUGCUCCACUACGAUAAGUAGAAUUAUGGAUUAAUUUAAUCAGUAAAAUGUACAAUAGAAUAUAUUUUCCAAAUAUUAUUAGCAUUGUUUGCUUGAGUUUAAUAUUUUGUAUCCUUUGCGUAUUUCUUACGACUUUUGAAAGUUUAUUUACUAACAUUUACAUUAUUACCAACGAAUUAUCAUAGAGUUUAUUAUAUGAUGUGUUUACAUGUGAAAGUAAUGUCAAUGUACAAUAAUGCAGAUGAAUUAGAUUCGAGUACACGUAAUAUAAGUAGAUUGCAGUCAUUAUAAUAAUAUUUUGGAGUAAUUUAUAGAAUUUUGUUUUGUACAUUUCAUUCUCUAUUUUUACGAUGUCUACUAUAAGAGUUACGCUAAAUUGAAGUACAUUAUUCUAUGUCACUUAAGCACAAUUGAAUUACACCAGUUUAUUUCGUGAACUACGAAUCAAUAAUGUUUUAGAAAUAAAAAAUAUUUUCAAGAAAUUGAAAA